GGGAGCCGCGUGGAGGAGCUUGGGGCGGAGCUGCAGGGCCCGGCCAGCCGCCUAGGGGAGUGCGACUCCUGGGCCUGGGGUGGAGGGGGGAGCUGGUUGGGAAUCGGUGCUGGUUUCCUGUCUGGAAGGGAAGGGGCCCGCAGAGGGAGCGGGGGCAGCAGCAGACAGGCACACCCCUGACUUUCUCCCUCCCUCUCUUUUCUGCUGGAAAAUCGAGCUGGGAGAACAUUUGCCACCAAAGCAAGACUGGACACUCUGUGCCCAGAGUCCCCUCUGCAGCUGGCCACUCCUUCUGGGACCCCGCUCAUCCUCACCUCGCUUUCCUUUCCUCCCUGCCUGGCUCCUACCAGGGUCCGGAACAGCAAACAGUAGGCAAGAAGUUUGUCACAGAAGCCAGAGGGGUCUAACCGGAGCGCAUAGGAACAGGGACAGCUUUUGCCUACUGUCCAAGAGCUGCCUGCCUCUGUCAAGACUGAGGGAGCAGUGGGAGGAGGAAUUGUGGGGCAACGUGGUGUCUGCCCCACCCCUCUGGAGGGGCUGCAAGGGAAGGGGUACUGGGGGGCACAGAGAUGCAGGACAGAUUGCACAUCCUGGAGGACCUGAAUAUGCUCUACAUUCGGCAGAUGGCACUCAGCCUGGAGGACACGGAGUUGCAGAGGAAGCUAGACCAUGAGAUCCGGAUGAGGGAAGGGGCCUGCAAGCUGCUGGCAGCCUGUUCCCAGCGAGAGCAGGCUCUAGAGGCCACCAAGAGCCUGCUGGUCUGCAACAGCCGCAUCCUCAGCUACAUGGGUGAGCUUCAGCGGCGCAAGGAGGCGCAGGUGCUGGGGAAGACAGCCCGGCGGCCUUCUGACAGUGGGCCACCAGCAGAUCGUUCCCCGUGCCGCGGCCGGGUCUGCAUUUCUGACCUCCGGAUUCCACUCAUGUGGAAGGACACAGAAUAUUUCAAGAACAAAGGCGACCUGCACCGCUGGGCUGUGUUCCUGCUCUUGCAGCUAGGGGAACAUAUUCAAGAUACAGAGAUGAUCUUGGUGGACAGGACCCUCACAGACAUCUCCUUUCAGAACAGUGUGCUCUUUGCUGAAGCAGGGCCAGACUUUGAACUUCGGCUGGAGCUAUAUGGGGCCUGCAUGGAAGAAGAGGGAGCCCUGACUGGUGCCCCUAAGAGGCUUGCCACCAAGCUUAGCAGCUCCCUGGGCCGCUCCUCAGGAAGGCGUGUCCGGGCAUCACUGGACAGUGCUGGGGGCUCAGGAAGCAGUCCCAUCCUGCUCCCCACCCUGGCUGUUGGUGGUCCCCGUUACCACCUCUUGGCUCACACCACACUCACCCUGGCAGCAGUGCAAGAUGGGUUCCGCACACAUGACCUCACCCUCACCAGUCAUGAGGAGAACCCUGCCUGGCUGCCCCUUUAUGGUAGCGUGUGUUGCCGCUUGGCAGCCCAGCCUCUCUGCAUGACUCAGCCCACAGCAAGUGGUACCCUCAGGGUGCAGCAAGCUGGGGAGCUGCAGAGCUGGGCCCGAGUGCAUGGAGUCCUGAAAGGCACAAACCUCUUCUGUUACCGGCGCCCAGAGGAUGCAGACACUGGGGAAGAGCCGUUGUUUACUAUUGUGAUCAACAAGGAGACUCGAGUCCGGGCAGGGGAGUUGGACCCAGCACCAGGGCGGCCCUUCACUCUGAGCAUCAGUAACAAAUAUGGGGAUGACAAAGUGACGCAUACUCUUCAGACAGAGAGCCGGGAAACCCUGCAAAGCUGGAUGGAGGCUCUGUGGCAGCUCUUCUUUGACAUGAGCCAGUGGAAGCAGUGCUGUGAUGAAAUCAUGAAAAUUGAAAUCCCUGCUCCUCGGAAACCACCCCAAGCCCUGGCCAAGCAGGGGUCUUUGUAUCAUGAGAUGGCUAUUGAGCCGCUGGACGACAUCGCAGCGGUGACAGACAUCCUGGCCCAACGGGAGGCUCCGAGGCUGGAGGCACCCCCACCCUGGCUAGCCAUGUUUACCGACCAGCUUGCCCUGCCUACCCCCUGCUCACCUGCCUCAGUGGCUCCAGCCCAAGCCCGGACCCACCCCCUGCCCUGGGGGCGACCCCGAACCUUCUCCCUGGACGCUGUCCCCCCAGACCACUCCCCUGGGGCUUCACGCUCGAUUGCCCCGCUCCCCCCACAGCAAUCUCCACGGUCUAGGGGCCUCUGUACUCGGCUCCAGUCACCAGUAUGAGAAAGAAAGGUGCUGACAGCAGGAUGCAGCCAGAAGAGGAAAUGACCCAUGUGCAAUUGGGCUGUGGAUACAACCCUGUCUAUAGCAGGUUGACCAGUCUGGCUCCCCUUUCUCUGUUGGACUGGGGGUAGGCUGGGGAGGGAAGCCAGAAGCCCCUCUCAAGCUGUGGUUGCUAUGGUGCUGAGGGACUCAUUCUCAGGGCUGGCUGGGAUCCCCUAAACCCUUCCUGGGAGAAAACUGGAACCACCCCUGACCUACCUCCCUGCACUAACCAGCUUUGAGGAUGACACUGAAAAGCCUUGGGAGGGAAUAUCCCUUCCCUUUGACUCUGAUAUCUACCAUUAAAAGUUAUUUAACAGCA